CUUACACAUUUAUAACAUAAAAAAUUUAGUAUUUAAAAAUUGAUUUUGUUCUAUGUAUUUAAUCAAAUUCCUGGUUCAUUUAUACUUAGAAUCCCAUUCAUCAUGUAACCUGCACUCUAAAAUUUUUAUGUUUUGCAUAUUUUACGUCACUACCCAAUUGUACCAGUUUGAUUUAUUAAGAAUGUUCACAUUUUUUAUAAAAUUUUAAAAUUAUUUCUAUUUAUUUAUUU